AUGAAUAUGUCCCAAUUAUACGACGCAUUUAAAAGUAUAUUGCAUAUUAAAAUGCUACAAGAUGAAUUUAAAGUUUUAUUUAAAAAAAUGAACUCGAAGAGAGAUGGAAAUGUUACAUGGAACGAAUUUAUCUCUUAUUUACUAGUGGAAUUUCAAAAAAAAGAUACUACAUUACAGUGGCAAAUAUUAAAACUUCCGAUAACUGGCGCUCCUCAAAUUUUAAAAUCACACCAUCGAACGGCUAUACACAAAAUUAUGUUCUGCCCGGAAGUUUUACCUGAUAGAACUGCAAGCUUUCACAGAGGAUCUUAUUUAACCGUGACUAAGGAGGGAAUUAUAAAUUACUGGUCUUUGGAUUUAGAGUAUGAACGUAGCGCACAAUCUGUAAAUCCGUGUUUGAAAGUACAACAAACUUUAAUAACCGAUAUGAUAGUAAUGCCUGACGUACAGGUAGUAUGUACAAGUUCCACUGAGUGUGAUUUAAGGUUUUAUGACACCGUGGCAAAAAAGUUUGAUCUUCGAAUAAUGAUAUCGGGCUUGGAGAGUGCAGUCAUUUGUAUGGAUUAUUACUUCAGUAAAAACAUCAAAGAAGAUUCGUAUAUUGUACUUGGUGAUAUGAAUGGAUCUGUUAAUGUAAUGUCUUUCAAUCCAAUGGAAAGGGGACCAUUUAAACAUGAGCCCCAACGUGAUACGUUAUUUAUUCGCUAUGAAUCUAUUCUUAAGGGUGAACUGAAGGGAAUGAAAAUUUUAGAAUUUAGAAAUGUACAUACAGACUGGGUGAAACAAGUAGCUUAUUACGAAAGUUUAAGGGCUUUUAUGUCCAGUAGUAGAUGUAGCAAUUGUUCUUUGUUAUUCAGUGAUCUUACUGGAGCUAGAACUCAAUACAGGUUUAAAAUUAACAUGGGUAUAUCAUGCUUUACUUUUUGCGAAGAGGGUCAACUAUUAGUAACUGGUGGACCAGAUUGCAUAGUUCGGGUUUGGAAUCCUUUUGUAACGAGAAGACCAAGUAAUAUUUUUCAAGGUCAUCGUGCAGCUAUAUGUGCCUUAAUUGUUCAAGAUGCUGGUAAACGCGUAUACUCUCUUUCGAAAGAUCGAUGUAUCAAGGUGUGGAAUGUAUUAGCUCAAUCUUGUAUCCAGACUUACAAUGGCCUCCCUAGCGAAUUAGGUGAACAUAUAUCAAUGACUAUAGUGUAUAAUAUAUUAAAUCGCAAAAUGAUUAUUGCUAGUUCAAUAAUUGCCGUAAUUGUUUGUGAUCCGAUAGUUUCAACUGGAUUAGAUUCUUGUAUAAUAAUUUGGGAUCCAUGGCUUGGAAAUCGUCUUUAUUUAGUAACACAUGCACACAGUAGAUUCCUGUAUGGUCAAUUUCACGACAUCGAAAUCACUGCUGCUUGUUUUGAUGAAUCUGAACACUUACUCGUGACAGGUGCUCGUGAUGGAACAUUAAAAAUGUGGAAUUUUAAUACUGGUACUUGUUUACGAAACAUGGCACUUGAAACUCAGUGUGAAGUAACAAGUUUAAUUUGGCUAGAAAAUCGAAUUUUAUGCAGUAGUUGGAAUCGUCAAGUUGUAGAAUUUGCAACUUCCGAUACAGACAUAUAUAAAAAAAAUUGGGGAAUAAGACAUACUGAUGAUAUUCUUUGUUCGGCCAUGUGGUAUCCACAAGUAUUGGCUACAGCAACUUUUAAUGGAGAAAUAAUACUCUGGAGAUUAGAAACAGGUCAACCAUAUCGAAAAUAUAAAGUAAAUGAACCAAUGUCAAGAUUUAGCAUAAGAUAUCAAGAUGAGAAAAAAAUUGAAAUAAGUAAACCUGAGAAAAUUAUGAAAAAAUUUAUUUCUAAACAGAGUCAAUAUCAGACAGCUUGUAAACAUCAAAAGUCUGCAUUGAAUAUUACAAGAAUUGUUGCUGUUCGAGCAAUGAUAUUUUUAAAUGCCCGACCAGUUAGGUCUGAUGUUGGAACUUUAUUAGUUUCUCUUGACUCAGGACUAAUUCAAGUAUGGACUCAUCAUCCUGCUGGUGGAUUUUUACAAGCUUUCUCAGUUAUUCAUACUGUUCAUGAUUGUGCAUUGGCAUUAGCAACUGAUCCUAAAAAUCACUUCCUUGUAACAGGACAUACAGCUGGAUACAUUAAAGUUUGGUACCUUGCAAACUAUUUAGUGCCAAAUCCUUCUAAGAUAUGCAUGCCACUUUUACGAUUAGAAUUUCCAUUUUUAUGGAAAGAAAAAGUUAUUGGCAGAGCAAAAAGAGCUGUGAGAGAUCAGUCUUUACCACUUUUACUUGCAUCCAUUCGUGGACAUUUAAAACCUAUUGUCUCUGUUCAAAUAAUUCCAGAUGCACACAUUAUUAUUAGUGGUAGUACAGAUCAUUCAGUGCGUUUAUGGACAUUUGGCGGACGUUAUAUUUCAACCUUUGGAACUUCCAAAUCUUGGUCACCGAUUUUACCAACAAUUCCAACAUACCAAUAUUUUAAAGAUUACAGACUUCCGCCUGAUAUUGAAAGAGUUGCUAGUUCUACUACAUUGAAAGUUUUUAAAGGUGGUAUCAAACAAGUAGAAUCUGACUUUGAAAGUGAUACACUGAAAAUCUUGAAAAAGAUUUCUGUACCAGAGCACACCAUGAUAGAUGGUAGAAGACUAACUAUUGCUGUAAUGGAUAGAUCAGUGUUAAUGCUUUUAUCAGAUUAUCCAGUUUUAGACAAUUCUUUACCAUAUAUACCUAUAUACACGCACUUAAAAUUAGGACCUUUGGAAAUUAUUCAAACACCAAAAUUACCAGCACUUUUGCAUGGAUAAAAAGAAUUAACAUUGCACUGGACGUACGCUUCAAUCUACUCCUAUCUAUACCUUGGAACAACUGAGUUAAGUCUGGUGUACACUUUCUGG